AUGGAUAAAUGGAGUAGUAAACUAAAUUCGGCUACGGAAAAUGAAGAGAAAAGCAACAAAUUGGAGCAGACGCCUGUCACAAUUGCGAUCGACGAUGAUGCGUCAAGUCCGGAAGAUACUUCAUCUUGCCGUAUCUUCAUCUCCAACAUUCCGUUCAGCUGGACUGAAAAAGAACUUCGAGAAUUUCUCAAAGAUUACGAGCCUGUUGAGGAAGUUGAGAUUGUCUACAACGAACGAGGAAGCAAAGGAUUUGGGUUUGCUACAAUUAACGAUCAAGCGCGAUGUUUUCAGGCCAGGGUCAAUCUAAAUCAUAAGGUCAUUGAUGGACGUCGCGUCGAGGUACGGAGAGCGCACAAAAUCAAAAAAGCUCGCAAUGUUCCUUCGCCCUCUUCACUUAUACAAAUGCCUGAUACAAGUUCUCCUCCGAUUCAAGAGUUAAAUCUCCCUUCCUUCACUGCACAAUGGCAACAAGCUAUGUAUUUCCAGUCUUUGAUGUCGCCAGGAGGGCUCAAUCUUUUAAACAACCCAUUUCUUGCUAUGAAUCUCAUUCAAGCAAGCUUACAGAAUGCCGUAAUGACUAGCAGACAAAACUCUUUGGAACCCUUCAAAUGGCCGUUUCUUCCGCCAGCAAUACCGCCGAUGUUUGGUUUAAAUCAAGGAAUAGCGCCCAAUAUAGGGUUAAAUUCAUUUCCUAUGAUGAAUGGGGCAAUUAUUGGAAGCGAUCAUGGAAUGUUACCUAAGCCUCUCGGACUGGUUGGACCCGGUUUUUCAUUCGGCCUCUCGGAUGUUUUGCCACAUUCAAAUGAUUUGCUUCUUUCUGGGCAAUCGGUCAGCACCAGUCAUUUCGCCUCAUCGAUGAAUCGACGGAACUCGGAACAAGAAAUAGCCCUUGGAUCGGAAGCAAUUGGUCCAAUUCACAGCAAGAGGGAGAGAACACCCAGAGAUUCCCAGAACUACUGGACUACUGACCGGCAAAAACGACGCUCCGGCAGCUACUCGAGUCCAAGCAGAAAUACAAGACGAUCAAGUCGAUGGGACCGUCCU